AUGGCUUUCGAGCCCUACCCUGCUGGAAGUGUUACCGUUCUCCGGACAAAGGGACCGAAUGGGAGGGUCGGUGUCACCGCUUUCUCACCAGGUGUAGCAACAUUUUAUGCAGGCCCUGGUGGAGGUGCAGGUGGAAGUGGAGGAGCUUGUGGAGUUGAAGAUGAUGGAUCAAAGGCUCCAUAUUAUGGCUUGACUGCUGCGGGAAACAAUAAUUUAUUUAAAUCAGGAGCAGGCUGCGGGACUUGCUAUAUGGUGAGAUGUACAAAAAAUGCAGCAUGCUCAGGAAUUCCCGUUACUGUAACAAUCACAAAUGAGUGUCCCGGAACAUGCAACAAUGAGGCAAUUCACUUCGAUCUAAGUUACAAAGCUUUCGAACUCUUGGCAAAACCUGGCCUCGGUUUUAGGCUUGCCAAAGGGACGAACAAAGACUAUAUAGCCUUUGCUCCUGAGUUUAUAAAUGGAGACGGUGAUCUUGCUGCAGUUGACCUAAUUGUUUCGAGAAACAAUAAAGUGCUUCAUAUGAAACGAUCAUUUGGUGAAAUGUGGGAGACUGGAUUCCUCCCAUAUACUAAUGUUGGCCCAUACUCUGUGAGGCUGACUACUAUAGAGUCCAGAAAAACAAUUGUGGCCAGAAAUGUGAUUCCAGUUGAUUGGGUUAAAUAUCCUGCUGGCACAAUAUUUAGAUCAAGAGUCAAUUUUUGA